AGAUGACGUCAGAUGACGAUUUAAAAUCCACGAUUUUUUCUCCAAGUCCCUCAGAAAUCAUACAGUUUUCUGUCUGUUACAUAGCUCACCCUUAUGACUUUGUAUGACAGAAAAGAUCCGCAUUUUAUUUUUUUAAGAUCCUGGGUUUUCUUCCUGUCAUGGCAGUAACACUGUGUGUUGUUUUCAUACUUGUAGCUUCUGUUCACAGCUCUGAUGGGAACCUGAGCUUUGCCUCUUAUUAUGGAGACUACAUGGUGCUGCAGAAGUCUCCAGAGAGAGCUGUGCUGUGGGGCUAUGGCCCCGAGGGUACUCAGGUCACUGUUCACUUGUCAGGACCAAUGAAUCAGGAAAGCUUAGUGGUCAAUGUGACAAACGGCACCUGGUAUGCCACCCUUCACCCUGUUGAAGCUGGUGGUCCUUACAAUGUGACGGCAUCCAAUGAGAACGGCACAGCCACUCUGACAGAUGUGCUGUUCGGAGAUGUUUGGCUCUGUGGAGGGCAGAGCAACAUGUGCUUUGAAACAUAUAAGAUUUUCAACGCAUCAGAGGAGCUGGCCCUCGCAGCAAAGUAUCCUCAUGUGAGGCCUUUUAUGGUAGCCGAGGAAAUGAGUAAAACUGAGCUGAGUGAUUUGAUUAAAGUGGAACUUCCCUGGUCUGUGCCCACAGCAGCAAAUGUGGGAAGGUUCUCCGCAGUGUGCUGGCUCUUUGGACGUUAUAUGAACGAGCACCUGAAGUACCCCAUAGGACUGGUGCAGUCCUGUUGGGGAGGCACACCUAUCGAAGACUGGUCAUCUUCAAGAGCACUGCAGAAGUGUGGACUACAGCAAAAUGGCCCUCAGGCAAGUUCUGUCUUGUGGAAUUCGAUGAUCCAUCCGCUGCUCAACAUGACCAUCAAAGGAGCAAUCUGGUACCAAGGUGAGAGCAAUACAAACUAUAAUCAGGACAAGUACAGCUGCUCCUUCCCUGCUAUGAUUGACGACUGGAGGAUGGCGUUUCACGAGGGCUCAGGAGGGCAGACAGCUGAUGACUUCCCCUUUGGAUUCGUCCAGCUGUCCACUUACAUAAAAGGCUCCACACUUGAUGGCAUGCCAAACAUCCGCUGGCACCAGACAGCAGAUUUUGGCUUUGUCCCAAAUCUCCGGAUGCAGAAAACCUUCAUGGCUGUGGCUCUGGAUUUACCAGAUGAAUACUCGCCCUAUCACCCGAUCCAUCCCAGAGAUAAGCAGGACGUAGCAUCCAGACUGACGUUGGGAGCGAAGGCAGUAGCUUACAAUGAGACGGACGUGCCCUUCCAAGGACCUUUCCCAAACAAAAUCACGUCCACUUCGAUGUAUCUCAACAUUACCUAUGACCAAACAGUCUCUGUGACACCGUCUGCAGGCAUCUUUGAGAUCUGUUGCUCAGUGACUGAGGAUCCAUGUGGGCCUACUUCUCACUGGGUUGCAGUUCCCAUCAUGCAGUGGGAUUCGACAACUGUCCGGGUAUCUGCCAACUCGUGCCCGCUUCCUUAUGAAGUAGCUGCCCUCCGCUAUGCAUGGAGAGACUGGCCCUGUGAUUUUAAAGCCUGUCCAAUCUACAGCACCAGUGGGAUUUUACCUGCACCUCCUUUUAUCAUCAACCGCUAUGAGGGAGACGUUUGGGAAUGUCAGUGAAUAUGUCUCUCAUUUUUACAGAUAUAAAGGCACUAAUCAAGUAUUUAGCCAUAAAAUCUUAGAGGGAAUGAUGGAUUUAUUCAUCUUUUUUCCUUUAUUGUUUUAAUUGAUUUGAUUCACACUAACCAAUCCAUUUUUGUUGAGUAAUCCUACCAGUCAGUCUGGCAGAACACUCACCAUCACUUUGUUGAUUGUUUUAAGAAGAUGGGUUUGUCAGUCACACACUGAAAGUGCUUACCGAAGCCUAGAAAGGCAGAUUGGUAUAAUUGUAGUUACACUGUUUAACCUGUAUACAAUCUACACUGCCACAAUCCCUGCCAAUUAUUGCUCGACGGUAUGAAUGUAGAAAAUCAUGACAAAUGUGUGUUACAAAAUUCUAGAUUUUUUUUAUUUUACAACACAAAUAAGUCUUUUUUUGAUUUUUGCACAAAUAAAUGACAAACUAGCAA